CCUAUGCGGAGAGUCUAGAUCAGCCAAUAAAUAAACCACGAUACAAAGACAGUAGUACCACUUUGCCUUCCGCUCUUUACUGGUCCGGUCUGACCAAGAAUCUUCAAAAUAGGGCCAAUACAUUCAGCUUUGUUAUAUCUGACUCCAUUUAGAAUAAUAAUUUAGAUCACUUAUCUACCUUUGGUCGAUAUCUAAUUCAUUUUGACUUGAUCGCUAUAGGAAUCCUGUACUGAGAUUUACUCUUCUGAACAGUCCUCUGCUGGUUCCACCGCAUGUCACAUCGGCCGUUAUGUCCACGUCUCACGAGCUGGCUAGAUAUCUGCAGUCAUUUCAGAGCUCACAGAAAUAGUUACUUUUGGGUAUUUCUGUUUACAGCCUAGGGACCCAAGAAGGCCAACAUUAGCUACGACUGUUCUCGACAUGAAUGAACUACCACGUGGAGGAUGUUCUCUAGCUGCACCCGAAGGAGUCACUGGGUACACAGGAGGCUCUGUGCUCCUGUCUUGCUACUGCACUGAUGGAGGGACAAUACUGAGACCUGCCAGAUGGUUUUUUCAACCAGGUCGUUCCGAUGUCUUACUUUGGUCACGUGGUGGAGUGCACAACCACUAUAAAGAUCGGAUGUUGAUUCCUGACUCCCCUGGAAACAUGUCUCUCCGUCUCUCAGAUCUCACUCUGUCAGAUUGGGGAACAUACAGGUGUGAAACAGAUGAACAGUUUAAAGACAUCAAACUCACAGUGAAAGAAUCUCUCAAAAAACCAGGCUGUGUUUUCUCUGAUUCUGGACCCAUACACAUCACUGGAUCCAGAGGACACUCAGUCGUUCUGCCCUGUGCCUGUACUGAUGUGCAGAUCAAACCUAAACGGAUCAAAUGGACUGCAGACCUAGGAAACCAAAACACUGUUAUAUUUCCACAAGGUCCUACCAGUGGCAGAGUGCAGCUGUUGGACUCUGUCUCCCCUGGAAACCUGUCUCUCCGUCUCUCAGAUCUCACUCUGUCUGAUGGGGGAACAUACAGGUGUGAAGCAGAUGGACUCUACAGAGACAUCAUUCUCACAGUGAAAGUGUGUGAUUUCUCUGAUUCUGGACCCAUACACAUCACUGGAUCCACAGGACACUCAGUCGUCCUGCCCUGUGCCUGUACUGAUGUGCAGAUCAAACCUAAACGGAUCAAAUGGACUGCAGACCUAGGAAACCAAAACACUGUUAUAUUUCCACAAGAUCCUACCAGUGGCAAUGAUCGCUACAAAAACAGAGUGCAGCUGUUGGACUCUGUUUCCCCCGGAAACCUGUCUCUCCGUCUCUCAGAUCUCACUCUGUCAGAUGGGGGAACAUACAGGUGUAGUGCAGAUGGACUCUACAGAGACAUCAGACUCACAGUGAAAGGCUGUGUUUUCUCUGAUUCUGGAUCCAUACCCAUCACUGGAUUCACAGGACACUCAGUGGUCCUGCCCUGUGCCUGUACUGAUGUGCAGAUCAAACCUGAACAGAUCAAAUGGACUGCAGUGACAGAACAGCAAAGCGCUGUUAUAUUUCCACCACGUCCUUCCAGUGGCAGAGUGCAGCUGUUGGACUCUGUCUCCCCCGGAAACCUGUCUCUCCGUCUCUCAGAUCUCACUCUGUCAGAUGAGGGAACAUACCGGUGUGAAGCAGAUGGACAGUUUAAAGACAUCAUCCUCACAGUUAUACAUAGAUUUGAAGAAUUUUGUUUAAAAGUUUAAAUGGGUUGUGUUUAAAUCUUCAAAUGACAACAUUUCUAUCAACUCAUUGCCUGCAGCUAACCUAGGUGGGUGGGACAUAUUUGUCCCAAAUAUCAUGGUACCAUAAAAUGG